AUGAAGUUCCGAGCAAAAAUGAUUGAUGUUGGUUGCCUUAAUCAUUUCACACGUAAGUAAUUUGUAAUGUUGCUCUUGUGUGUUGUUGUUUUUGUAUAGCCAGCUACCUGAGUAGCUAGGUAGUUAAACGGAUAAUCCACCCCCAUAAAUAUGGUUCGGUUCGGCACCGAGGUAAAGUUGGUUUUAUAUUAGAUAUUCGGUUUUCUCUCAUCAAUAGUAAAACAAAAAAUAUAUAUAUAUUCUGAAUCAGGGGAGGAUGGAGAACAACCUACACCUUUUUUUGGGUGAAUUUUUUUCAAUCUUCAAUUUGUUUUUAAAUUUAGCGUGGAUUGUUCUCCAUCCUCACCUGAUUAAGAAUAUACAUAUUUUUGUUGCUAUUGAUGAGAGAAAAAACGAAUAUUCUAUAUAAAACUAAUUUUACCUCAGAACCUAACCAUAUACAUACAGGCUCUAUAAAAAGUCGGGAAACAAUACUUUCCUGUGGAUAUCAUUAAUUUUCUCUUGCGAGUGGAACAUGCAACACUUGCUAGCAUUCUACCUUUAAUUUCUCUGCAUCAGGUGUGGCGAAUACCAUCUCUAAACUAAUGAAGACUUGCAUCCUGCGACUCCAGACAACCUAUAUUUUGCAUUGUCUGGUAAGGUGGCCAGUGGAGGAGUCAGCAUGUGGUGUGAGUUCUCAGGUACAUGCCCAUACAAGACACGAUGUUUUUACCAAUGAUUUGCACUCAGAUAUCUAACAUAAUUAUUUUGUCAUAUGCACAGGAUACACAGUACAAUUAAAUGCUUAAUUGCAGGUUCCCUCUCGAUAAUGCAACAACAAUAAGACAUACAAAAAUAUAGCUCAAUGGAAUAUAAUUUAAUACAAAUGUAGCAUAAGUAUAAAUACAGGAAGGCACUCAACAAAUGUACAGUACAAUAUUUACACGUGUGUUGGGGAAGGGGGAUAUGGAGAGCAAAGUGUUUAAAUUGUGCAGUAUUUAGCGAUACUCUCAGUUGUUAGGGGAACCAAAGCCUGUCUGUCACAAAUAACCCAACUAAAUGAAAAGGUUCAAUCAAGCGUUUCCAUUGUUCACUUUCUUUUGGUAAGUGGUUGAAGUUUCUGCUCUGUACUUAUUCAACAAAGACAUUCUCUAUUUGUAUUGUAUUUGAUCAGGCCAACUUAUUUCAGUAUCAGCCGGAAGGUGUGGCGCCCGAUGCUAAUGAGAUCUGCCUAGAGGUGACUCCCGAGAACCUGUCCAGGGCUUUGAUAACCUCUCAGAAUGCCAAGUGUACGAAAAUCAAGCUGACCAAGAAGCACUGUGUUUGUCUCACUCUCGCUGCAGAACUGGUAAGGGCUACAGCAAUUACAUCCAAUGUAUCUGCUUCAAAGGGAAACUGUCAACACUCACUGGGCUGUGUUGAUUUGAUGUGGAAUUCUGUUGACUAUAUUAUACAUGUUCAAAAGUGACUACUUUGACAUGUUGUCAGGCAAAUAUAGCAGUCAGUAUAUAGCACUUUUCUAACAAAAAGGCCUACAUUUAACACAAAGAAAAUGAAACUAUGUCUAAACCCCCCAAAAAGCAAGCCAUGACAUUAGUGGCAAAGAUAAAACUCCAGGUAGGAAAUAACCUUCAGGAACCAAAAUUCAUAGACGCAACUUGUUCUCCUCUGGCUGGCUGGCUGUCUGGCUGGCUGGCUGGCUGGCUAGAAGUCUGAAUACGUCAGCAAGGCCAAACAGUUGUCCUUUAAGACGAAGAAGUUUAACAAUGUUAUAUUUCUCUUCUCAACUUUCCCCUGCCCUCUUAUUCUCCCCCAUUAGCUGACACUUUCCAGCGUCAGUCGAGAUGUCACACAUGACAUCCCGGUGGACGUGAUACCCAGAAGGCUUUGACACGACUUCAAAGAACCCAGCAUGCCAGACCUUGACGUGAGUACCAGUGCCACUCUAGCCUGGAUACCAGUUUCUUUCUGCCGUAGUCAACUUUAAAGCACAAGUUCUCCGAAGUAAUGCUAGUUUAACACAUCCGGCGUACUGUUAUUUUUUGUUGUUGUAAUGGUACCUACUUAUAUACUAAUUAUUGAGCAUAUAUUUGCCUCCACUGAAGACUAUGAAAAAUGUUGUGGAUCGAAUGAAGAAUAUCUUAACUUAUAUAUAUUAAUAUAAUAACUUUCUGGUAAGAGACCGUUUACCAUGAGCUCAGAUAAUUGUACACGUGCCGUCAAUGUACUUAGAACUUGCAUUAUUAUAAUAUCUUCAGUGUAGGUUUAAUCAUACGAAAUAAAGUGUUUGGAAAUCACAGGUAUGUCACAAUCUCUUUAACCCCUUCAUAGUAACGUACAAUAGAGCUAUUUGUAGAUUGGGUUAUCAGCUGUCUGUACAAAGUCACUUGUCCUCCACUAACUGUAAGUCGCUCUGGAUAAGAGCGUCAACUAAAUGACGUAAAUGUAUGUCCUAGGUGAUGGAGGCCAACCUGAAUGGAGAGAUGAACCUGAAGAUUGAAACUGACUUGGUGUCUGUCACAUUUACGUCAUUUAGCAGACGCUCUUAUCCAGAGCGACUUACAGUUAGUGAAUACAUAAAAAAAAUUCAUACUGGCCCCCCGUGGGAAUCGAACCCACAACCCUGGCGUUGCAAACGCCAUGCUCUACCAACUGAGCUACCUCCCUGCCGGCCAUUCCCUCCCCUAGACGACGCUGGGCCAAUUGUGCGCCGCCCCAUUGGUCUCCCGGUUGCGGCCGGCUACGACAGAGCCUGCAUCCACCACUUCAAAGACCUCAGAAACCCUCCCUGGGGUAGGUGCAUCCCCUUCACUUGGGUUGUGUUCGUUAAGGCACACCGUAGCAAAACCUUUUUGAAAAAGCGCAUGUUAGCCAUGGCAACAAACUGGAACCUGUCUCAGGGCUUUUACUCAUUUCAGUCUCAUCUCUCUUGGCCCCCCUCAGGUGACGAUGGUUCCCAGGGGCCCUGAGGUCAUGGCCCACACCUGCGUGGACAUCUGCAAGCUGCAGCAGUUCCUCAUGGGCCAGCAGGUCAACCCCAGCAAGGCCAUGUGCAGUGAGUCAACUCUCAUAGACUUCCUACUACUAUUAACAAUGUUGACCAAUCAAUCAGCUCCUCUAAUUUCAACGUCGCCAACCCUGGUCCCAGAGACACACAAGGUGUUGCGGGCUUUUGUUCCAGCCCAGCCCUAAAAUAACUGAUUUGCCGCAAAAGGCCUGCAUGCCAUGUAUCUCUCUAGUACCAGGGUUGGUGAAGACUGGAUUAUACCAUCUGAUGACAGACAGAGAGCCUUUACUGUACCAGUGAGUUAUGGUGACCUCAUCUUCUGUGAUGCUUUAUCAGAUGCAUCACUAUAUUAUGAGCUGUGAUGUGGACAUGAAUUGAGUUGUGUGACAUUGAAUGGUUGGACUAGUGUCAUAAGAAAGAUCCAAUGUAAACUCCAUGAUUGUAGAUCACUGAUGAGCAUUUUAUUAUCCCCACCAGACAUUGUCCACCAAAGGAUCAUUCAUUUGAUUCUACUGCACGAAGACGUGUCCCUCGAGUACUUCAUCCCAGCGGUGGCGUAA